UUCCAGCCAAUAACAUCUGAGUCUAGUGUAAAUAACCUACGGUGUUGUGUCACUGGAGCUCGGUGCUGUGGGUGUGCAGGCGGCUGCAGAGAGGCGUGCGGCUGCUGCUGCUGCAAACAAGCUACUGUUUAUUAUGCUACCAUGCUACACGUGCAAUACAGCUGAUUUUACUCACGGCAACUCCCUUAUUCAGAGUUUCAAAGGGACCUAUCGUCUUGCAAAGUAGGUCCAAUCAUCAAAAUAUGGCAUUUUAACCACAGGCUUCUUCCUAACAUCUAUUUUAACCCACUUUAGCUAACGUUAGCACCGGUGCCAUAUGGCAGAGCUGUAAGCAUUGAUUAGUGCGGUCCUUCAAAAUUGGAUUAACAAGCGGCUGUUGCAAUAAGCCACUGUCAAAACAUUGUAGUAACGUCCUCAAAGAGGUAAUAGAUAAUUUAUGACAACAUGUCAGUGACCGCAAAUAAUCGUAUAAUUUGAUGCAACAUUUCUGUUACAUCAAAAUUGUUAGCUACUGUAGUAUUUUGAUAUAACUAAGCUUGAACGAAUACCAUUACCAAAAGCACCUCAGAAAAUGUUUAGUCCUCUGAGAACCACCAGAUCUAAACCAGAUCUACACCAGGUCUAAACUAGGACUAAACCAGAUCUAAAAUAGGACUACACCAUUACUGCAGAAGUCUAAGUCUAAACAAGGACUAACCCAAAGGAGGAGAACAAUGUGGAAAAAACUUACUUUGAAUUAAGUCAACACUGGAUAUAAAGGGGUCUCCACAUAGCGUAAGGACAUGUUGGCAUCCCUCCAAUAGUAGGCUAUUCGUACCACAGUUUGAGAACUGCUGAACCAUAUAUUUUCCUUUGAUAAGGUCUGCUGUGUGAAUGAACAAAGGUUAAGGCAGGACACAAUUUGAAGAGACAGCCCUCCAUGGCCAACUCCUCCCACUGGAUUCAUGUACUGGAUUAAUGAGAGAAGUGAAGUGAGUGGACCUGAAAUUCUGUAGCAAACUGCCAUGGAGGAGAAUGAAGCUAAACCCCCGAGUCCUGAACCUGCACCUGCACCACCCAGUCCUGCCCCCAGCAGAGCUCCCAGUCCUGCACCUAGCCCUCUGCUGGAGAAACUCGCCUCUGCAGCCAACCAUGUCGAGCAUUUAAAUGUGAAUCAGAUCCAGGUGGUUGUUCGGCGCUGUUCAACUCCAAAUGUCACAGAGGAGACCACUUACUUCAUUCCCCGUAACCCGGUGGUUGACGCUGGCACCAACACGGACCCACCAGUAGUCUGUUGCCCUUUACUGCACAGAUUUUGUCCCUGUCCACCAAGUGGGCUCUGGGCAUCUCUUGUUACCAAAGUACUUUUGGCUGGUGUUCUGUUUGGAGUUGUUUGGUCUAUCACAGAAGAAGAAUGUCUCCCAGAAGGGAACCUGUUUGGCAUUACUAUCAUCUUCCUCUGUGCCCUAAUAGGAGGCAAAUUAGUUGAACUUAUACGUCUUCCAGGCCUCCCACCGUUCCCCCCUCUGCUAGGUAUGUUGCUGAUGGGUUUUUUGCUGAGAAACAUCCCAGUUGUAACACAAGCGGUACAUGUGAACUACAAAUGGUCAGCUGCAUUAAGGAAUAUUGCUCUGGCUGUGAUCCUUGCCAGAGCAGGUCUGGGCCUGGAUCCAUUGGCAUUGAAGAAGCUGAAGUCGGUUUGUCUGAGGGUAUCAGUAGGUCCCUGUAUGAUUGAGGCUUGCACCAUUGCACUGGUUUCUCACUUCCUCAUGGGUCUGCCCUGGGUGUGGGGCUUCAUACUUGGGUUUGUGCUUGGUGCUGUGUCUCCAGCUGUGGUUGUACCCUCCAUGUUGCUGCUACAGAAGGAGGGAUAUGGUGUGGAACAAGGCAUUCCCACUUUGCUGAUGGCUGCUGGCAGUUUUGAUGACAUUCUUGCUAUCACUGGCUUUACAACAUGCUUGGGCAUGGCCUUUGCCACAGGCUCUACCUGGUACAACCUGCUCAGAGGUGUUUUGGAGGUGGCUGGUGGGACUGUCGCUGGAAUUCUCCUUGGGUUUCUUAUCCAGUAUUUCCCCAGUGUUGACCAGAAACACUUGGUGAUGAAGCGGUCGUUUCUGGUUCUGGGACUGUCUAUCUUCUCCGUGUUUGGCAGCGCUGUGGCUGGUUUUCCUGGCUCUGGAGGACUCUGCACACUGGUGCUGGCAUUCCUUGCAGGCAUUGGCUGGGGGGCACCAAAGGCUCGUGUGGAGGAAGUUGUCAGUUGGGUGUGGGAUGUCUUCCAGCCUUUACUGUUUGGACUCAUUGGAGCAGAAAUACGGAUCGCAGCACUGGAGGGACAUGCAGUAGGUCUUGGUAUAGCCUCUCUACUCAUUGCCUUGCUUGUCCGGAUUCUCUUUACGUUUGUGUGUGUUCUGUGUGCUGGCUUUAACUUGAAAGAAAAGUUUUUCAUAGCCCUUGCAUGGAUGCCAAAAGCCACAGUACAGGCAGCUAUUGGAUCCACAGCUUUGGAUAUGGCCAGGGCAAAAGGGGAUGAACAGCUACAGAAGUAUGGCAUGGAUGUACUGACUGUGGCUGUACUGGCCAUCCUCUUUACAGCUCCUAUUGGGGCUAUUAUCAUUGGACUCUCUGGACCUCGCCUUCUACAGAAACCCAAAAACUCUUCCUGUGGUGAGCGAGUCAAACCCAAUUUAUCAGCAUAUGUCUUGGGAACCGCAGCUGGAGUUGAUGAGGAAGAGGAGACUCCUAUUACAUAUGAAAGUACUCUCUGACGUAAAGGAGGACCAGGGACAAUGUAGAAUUUGAUCCACAUGAACCUGGGCUUUCGUCUUGCUACUAAACGUCUUCUGUAUGCGCUAUAUGUGUGUCUCUGAAGGACACGUCACUCAUGGUUUAAUUUUAGGCCUUGGUGUUUUCCCGUCCACAGGCUGCAAACAAAUGGCUGGCAUUAUAGUGUCAUUACUGCCUGUACAGCAAACAAAAGUUUUAUGUCCCAGUGUAUUCAAAUCCUCAUUGAGACUUCAUAAUGGUUUACUUUUUGUACCACAAAAUGAUUAACUACAGUGUCAUAUUAUACAUGGGACUUGUGACUGCAGUGAGCUGUAGUAAAAACAUGUCACAUCAAUAGCUUUACACUAUACUUAUGCUUAUUUUUUUGUAUUUAAUUUUUACCUUUUGUUGUUUUGUAUUGUGUGAUAGUAUAAAAAAACUCAGGAGAACAAAUGGUUUGCACUGAAAGCUGCUCAUAUCUCAGUUAUUGGUGUAAAAUGGAACUACUUCUGCUCAGUGUAUUGUUACUGUAUUUGUGAAGAUGAAGUGUGACUGGUAGAUUUGAAAUGUAUGUUUU